GACUUCACGACCCGCUCAAGUUCCGACACGAAACUCAUUUCAAAUUAAUUCUUAAACACAAAAAAGGGGCAAAAAAUAAUCGCCGGCGAUUAUGCCUUCACCUCCGGUACCGGAGACGGUUGUGAGCCACCGCUUCGCAGCUUUUCUUAUCUGGCAAUCGAUUCCUUCAUCAGCCAUUUUCUUCUUCUUCAACCUUUUCCUCUUCUCCACCACUUCAAUCAUCUCCUUUCUCCUCACUUUCUUCGUCUUCCAUUCCUCACAGCUUCUCUUCUCCGUCUCACUAGCUCUCCUCUCUUCUCCGACUCCAGAUUCUCCUCUCUCCCCUCUCCAAUUCACUCUCGGCCUUCUCCGUCACCUCUCGGAUCCCGAGUUCCGCCGCCGUGCUCGCGUAUCUUUACGCAUCGUGCUCUUCGUCUGUGCUACUUCCCUCGCUGGGUUCUGCUCCGCUGCUGUCUUUUGCUUGUCUAGUGAUUCUUUUGGACCGAUUGGAAGAAUAGGGUUUAGGGGAUUUGUGACUGGAUUGCUUUACGCAGUCCUCUUCGUCAUUAAGCAGCGAUGGGUUUUGGAGUUUCCCAUCAUUCAGCGUCCACCGUUCUUCAGCUUCAAGAUUGGUCUUCCUUCAGCUCUAACACAAGCUCUGAAGCUAUCUGGUGUGCUUUAUGUGUUGUCAACGAUAAUGCUAUUGUUUCUGCUAGACUGGUCCGGUGGGCUUGUGUCUGUAUCGAGAUUCUUGGGUGAGCAGGUCUUAUCUUAUGCCGGCAGUUUCUGUUUGAUUCUCUCUUGGGAAGUCACUCACCAUAUACAUAAGGUUCUGCACACAAAACGGUUCAGCUUUGCUCCUCCAAAAGGAUCUGCUGCAGCAGAAACGAAUCCAAGCGAGCCUCUUCUUGCUGCUUUAGAAGGGAGCGCUCCAGGUUCCCUCGAGCAGUCUCUUGCAUACCUUGAUCUCUACAUGGUGUCUCAGAAUAAUGUCGACACAUGGCGUCGUGCUGCUUUCUUUGAGGAGUCCACCGAGACGUACAAAAGAGUAAUCACUCUAUGCUUGAGGCCUUUGGAAGAGCUCGCCUCCAAGUUAUCUUCUGGGCUAGACCACACCUUUACUGAAAAAGGUUAUCAGACACCACUCCAGCCACCAACCGAGUCAUUUAUCGAUCCAAAGUUUGGGGAAUCACUUAAGUCUUUCCAGCUAUAUGCAUGGUGUGCUCAAACAACUGCAUCCCUGACUUCAAUCUCUCACAAGGAAGACAGGCUUGGAGUAGCUCAACUGUCUGGUGGAAAUGCUGAUGUUGUCUCAACACUUCUAUCGCUUUUGCUAGCUAUCGAAACGUUUAUGGGGAAGAAGACUAAUCUUCAAUCACCUCAACAACUGAUGGGACCUGCUAGUAUCAAAUGGGCGACCUCGAGUAUGGUCAGAAAAGACGUUAAACCCAUAAAAAAAAGUAUCGGGGGGAUGUACUCCUACGCGUAUGCAGCGACAGAUGUUUUAAGGAUAUCAAUAUACCAGAUUCUGUCCACAUUCCGCGAUGAAAUGCUCAACAGCGACAGAGCAGGGCUUCUUGGUAGAGAUUGGAUUGGAUGCAAGAAACCGCCUUUUGGAACAAACGACAUGCUGCUACAGAAGCUUAAGCUCUUCCUCGAGUUCCAAGCUUGAUGGAAGAUUAAAGAAGUACAAUUCCUCGAUUAACAAGUAUCAUGAUUGAAAGAGCUGGAAAGAAAAAGGAACUAGAGUGAGCCUUGUAUUGAAAAAUGAAAUCCCUCGAUUUUG